CCUACGACAAGCGACUGCCGGUGACGUCGUACGCGCUAUCAACCAUACCGCCAAUGUACGCGCCACCACCAGCGCCACACGCAGCGGUCCACCCGUGGCAGAGCGGCGGCGGCGCCACGGCCUCCCACCAGCCUCCCCCACACGCGGCGGUCACCGGCGGCACGGUGUCGUACGCGGACCUGGCGGCGGCGACGGACGGGUUCUCGGACGCCAAGCUGCUGGGGCAGGGCGGGUUCGGGCAUGUGUACCGCGGCACGCUGGGCGCGGGCGCGGCGGCGCGGGAGGUGGCCAUCAAGCGGCUCCGGGCCGUCAGCGGUCAGGGCGAGCGCGAGUUCCGCGCCGAGGUGGAGAGCAUCGGCCGCGUGCACCACCGCAACCUCGUCUCGCUGCUGGGGUACUGCAUCCAUGGCGACCAGCGGCUGCUCGUCUACGAGCACGUCCCCAACCACACUCUCGAGUCCCACCUGCACCACGCCGGCGACGGGCCGACGCUGCUGGACUGGGAGCGCCGGUGGCGCAUCGCGCUCGGGGCGGCCAAGGGCUUGGCCUACCUGCACGAGGACUGUCAUCCUAAGAUCAUCCAUCGCGACAUCAAGGCGGCCAACAUCCUUCUAGAUGACAACUUUGAGCCCAAGGUUGCCGACUUUGGGCUGGCCAAGAUCCAGCACGGAGACGACAGCCAUGUUUCUACGCGGGUGAUGGGGACUUUCGGGUACAUGGCGCCGGAGUACACCAACACCGGGAAAAUAACCGACCGGUCCGACGUCUUCUCCUUCGGCGUCGUGCUUCUGGAGAUCAUCACCGGCAAGAGACCGGUCCUGUCCGACGAGGCCGACCAGGACGACGAGACUCUGGUCUCUUGGGCACGGCCUCUGCUGACAAAAGCUCUGGAUGGGGAGCUCUCCGUGGAGCUCAUCGACCCAAGGCUGGAGGCCAACUACGACGCCCACGAGAUGCAGCGGCUCAUCGCCUGCGCCGCCGCCGCCGUGCGCCACACGGCACGCUCCCGCCCACGAGUGAGCCAGAUCGUCCGGUACCUGGAGGGCGAGCUGCCGCUAGAGGCGCUCAACGGCGGCGUGGAGCCGGGGCAGAGCGAGGCGCACGACGCCACCACCACGGAGCAGCUGCGGCGGAUGAGGAGGAUGGCGUUCCUGCAGCGGGGCGCCGACAGCGGCAACACGGGCGCCACCGGCUUCGUCAGCGAGGCCACGAGCGAGUACGGGCUGUGCGCCUCCAGCUCCAGCAGCGACGGCGACGCCGCGCAGAGCACGAGCCGCGCGCCCGGCUGGCAGCACCCCGGCGACAACAACGUGGGCAGGGCGGGGCGGCACUCCGGCGAGCUCGGAGCCAUGAGCCGGCGCACGCGCCCGGGCCGCGCCGGCCUGGAGUGACGUCACCGUCACUUUGUUGCAACCAAGUUUUUUGGAACUAAGAGUUAGGCUAGUAAAA